GCUUUGCACUCUUUUUAGUAUGGACGUCUGCGCAGAUUGAUGACAUCACUACAUUAGCCAGUAGGCUAGCUAGGUAUUGACAGGCGGUGGCUGUUUACUAAUAGCUGGCGUUUCGAUUUCGAUAGAGGCCAACGUCUUUUACUCGACUGUUUGCAAAGAAGAGAGUUAUAAGGUGAUCUGCAAUGGACAUUGACGUGAAGAGACUGAAAGUGAAUGAGUUGAAAGAGGAGCUGCAGAAGAGGGGAUUAGACACUCGCGGUCUGAAGGCAGACCUGUCGGACAGACUGAAGGCUGCUUUAGAGAGCGAGGCAGCAGCACAGGACACCCAGGAGAUCACACCGAAUGAUGGGCAGCAGCCUGAAGCAGGCGAGGAGGAGCGUGGCAACGAAGAUGUCUGUCACCAAGGACAGCAGCGAGACGAGGGCCCUCAGAUCAAAGAUGACAAAAACUUCAUCCCUGAUGUAGAUCAAGAUGUUCCUGACUUCUCUGUAGAUGCCUGCAUGAACAGAGCAGAGGUUGUCGAGAAGCCUGAAGUCAAACCUGAAACAGAAGCACUGCCUGUCUGUACAGAAGAGCAAAAUGCACAACCAGUCGAGGUGAAGGAGGAGGAAGAUCUAAAGCCAGAACUGCAGCAGGAUUCCGGAUCAGCCAUUGAGUGGAAAGAGGUCCAUCAGACUUCUCAUUACCAGGACAACCAGGCACCUUACGGCUGCAAAAGGCCCCACGAUGACACCCAUGGAUAUAAUUACUACGAGCAUCGAGAGGAAAAGAGGUCCCGCUCACCUCAGCCUCCAGCUGAAGAAGAUGAGGAGGAUUUCGAUGACACACUAGUUGCCAUCGAUACCUAUAAUUGCGAUCUACACUUCAAAGUUGCCCGUGACCGCUACAGUGGCUACCCUCUGACCAUCGAAGGCUUCGCGUACCUGUGGUCCGGCGCACGUGCCUCAUACGGUGUGAACAAGGGCCGCGUCUGCUACGAGAUGAGGAUAACAGAAGAGAUCUCUGUCAAACAUCUUCCCAGCAGCGAGCCUGACCCACAUGUAGUGAGAGUGGGCUGGUCUCUGGAUUCCUGCAGCACACAGCUUGGUGAGGAGCCUUUCUCUUAUGGAUACGGUGGAACAGGAAAAAAAUCCUCCAACUGCAAAUUUGAAGAUUAUGGGCAGAGAUUUGGUGAAAACGACAUCAUCGGAUGCUACGUUGACUUUGACAGUAGUCCUGAAGUGGAGAUUUCAUUCUCUAAGAAUGGGAAGUGGUUGGGUGUAGCUUUCCAGGUGAGGAAGGAGGAGCUGGACGGCCGAGUCCUUUUCCCUCAUAUCCUGGUGAAGAACUGCGCCGUGGAGUUUAACUUUGGUCAGAAGGAGGAGCCGUUCUUCCCUUCACGCGAAGGAUAUGUCUUCAUCCAGUCUGUCACAAUGGAGGACAGGAAUAGAGGCACUGUUGGUCCUGCAACCAAGGCAGACUGUGAGAUCUUGAUGAUGGUUGGUCUACCUGCGUGUGGCAAAACCACCUGGGCAGCCAAGCAUGCGGAGAUGAACCCCGCGAAGAAAUACAACAUACUCGGCACCAACGCCAUUAUGGAGAAGAUGAAGUUGAUGGGUCUGAGGCGUCAGAGGAAUUACGCAGGUCGCUGGGACAUUCUCAUUCAGCAAGCCACGCAGUGUCUGAAUCGACUCAUCCAGAUCGCCGCCCGCAAGAAACGCAACUACAUUCUCGACCAGACAAAUGUAUAUGGAUCAGCCCAGAGACGAAAAAUGCGUCCCUUUGAAGGGUUUCAACGCAAGGCUAUUGUAAUUUGUCCCACGGACGAGGACUUAAAAGCGCGAAGGUUAAAGCAAACUGAUGUGGAAGGGAAGGAUGUGCCCGAUCAUGCUGUUUUAGAAAUGAAAGCUAACUUUGUGCUGCCAGAGGCUGGAGAGUUUCUGGAUGAGGUGAGCUUCGUUGAGCUGCAGAAAGACGAGGCAGAGAAGUUGGUGAAGCAGUACAACGAGGAGGGCCGGCGGGCUGCUCCUCCACCUGAAAAACGCUACGAUAACAGACAGACGGGUUUCCGCGGCCAGAGCAGCAGCUUCCAGCGGUAUGACAACCGCGGAGGUCCUCGAGGAGGCUAUCUGAACCGUAGCAUCUCUGGAGGAGGAUACAGACCAGGUUUCAAACGUGGAGGCUACAACCAGAACGGCUGGGGCGGGAAUUACAGAGACAUCAACUCGAGAGGUGGUUACAACCGUAACCAGAACUACGGAGGAAGCUACAACAGCAAUCAUCAAGGCUCCUACUAUAAGGAUGGAUACAGCCAGAGCUACAAUCAAGGUUAUAACCAAGAUUACAACCAGAGCAACUAUAACCAAGGCAGCUACAAUCAAGGGAGCUACAACUACGGUAAUUACAACCAGUAUCCUGGAUAUGGACAAGGCUACAGUGAUAAUCAAGCUUCUGGAUACAACCAGCAACAGAGCUACAACCAGCAGUAUCAGCAGUAUGCCCAGCAGUGGCAACAGUACUACCAGAACCAGAGCCAGUGGAACCAGUAUUACAGCCAGUAUGGCAACUAUUCUGGGCAAGAAGGCAACAACCAGGGCCAGUGAAGCACGUGCCAUCCACAUACACUCAUCAAAUUCAUGUAAUCCUUCACGCACCUGCACGUGUCAUCACCCUAUUUUCUUUACAACCUUAUUCCUUUAUAUUCAAUCAUUCUUGUCAUCCUAAUACGCUGUGUGCUGCAUUUGGGAUCUAGUAUCAUUCGUUUCUAGUUGGUUUGAGAAACGUUAAUUAUUUCGUCCAUUUUGUAAUUUAGCUGAUUUGGAUAAGUGAUUGUUAUAGGCGAGUCAGAACCUAAUAUAAACGUACAGCUGAGGAGGAGAUGGUUAAUGGGGUCAGGUAGCAGUCCUGAAAGCUUUACCUCAUACUAAGUAGAGAUAGUGCUGUACAUAUAAAAGAGCAGUCUGCCUAGAAAGAUUUUCUACUGUAUAUCCGAGGAUAUGUCAAUUUAAAGAUGGAUUUGUUUUGAUUUGACUUUUUUUUUUUUAAGGAAAUGCUCAGAGAACUCGAGUACAUUACGCUUUGUGUAAUGUACUCGAGUUCUCUGAGCAUUUCCUGUGAUUAAAGAGGGUCUGGAUCAGAUUAAAGCAGGAUCCUAAAAAAAAAAAAAAGUCAAAUCAAAACAAAUGAUUUUUAGAUGAUUAGUAAAUAAUUUAUUGUGCAGCUCUAACCACUGAGCUACCACUGCCCUCUCGAAAUGACGUGCGUUUGUGUAAUUAGUUUGAACUGUACAUUAUGAACAUAGGAUAAGCUCUUUUUAUUUCCAUCUAGCUCAUUUUGUCACUACUUUGCCUAAUGUGUUGCUUUUUUUUUCUUGUUACUAUGAAAAAGUAUAGUCUAAUGUUAAAGGAAAAAUCCACCCUGAAAUGAAUGAUAUAAUCUUGGAUUAACUAUUUCUCAGAUUACCCACAAUGCCUUUUGACUAUUUUAAGGCUAAAGAGAAGUUUGAUUUUGAGCUUGCUUAAAUUUCUAAUUUCCAAUAACUCCACCAUUACACACUAGCAGCACACUAGCUGCAUCCACCCGUAACCUCAGCAUCGGCUGACGAACACGGUCUUCUCACAGGAAUAACAGCUACACAGCAGCAACAAUCAGAAAUCCGUUAAUAUCAAAUUAUUCUACGUUUCAUGGUGGAGUUCUCCUUUAAAGAAUGUGGAAUUUUGCUUUUUCUACCUACAUUAUUAAUGGUUACGGUUCAUAAAUGGAAGUAACUGAAAGCA